AUGCGAGGCGGAUAUAACUCGGUUCAGCCGAGUUUUGUCGCAAGUGAGACACUUGGAUUGCGUCCUGUGCUGCGAGGGGCGUUUCGAACCGCGCCUCGUAAACCACGGAGUGCAGCGUCACCGGUCUAUCAACUCGCUGCGGCUGCCGGUGGUGGCCAGCGUCGUCAGGAGCGCCCGUCACCAAGCUCGUACGGCAAAGGUGCAGGAGCCUCUUCCAAGAAAGGUAAGGACGAGAAGAAAACAGUGCAACAGUUCACCAGGGGCCAGGGAUUUGCGAAAACCGCAAGUACCAAGUCGACUCGGACGUUGCUGCGCCCUGGGGUGCAGUCGCCGCCACGAACAGUGCCGUCGCACAUUCCGCGACCCAAGUACGCUGCCGGAGAUAUUCCGGCUCGCUCACAGCGCCUGUUACCCCGAAUGCCGUGGGAUAUUGAAGUCAAAACCCCCGAGCAGAUUGAACGUAUGCGAAAGGCGGGCCGCAUCGCGCGUGAGGUGCUCGAUGCCGCGUGCAAAGCCGUGCACGUAGGAAUGACCACCGACGAGAUUGAUGCCAUUGUUCACGAGGAGACCAUUCGGCGCAAUGCAUACCCAUCGCCUCUUCAUUACAAUGGCUUUCCCAAGUCGUGUUGUACGUCGAUUAAUGAGGUCAUCUGUCACGGUAUCCCGGAUUCGACUCGGCUGCGCGACGGAGACAUCAUCAAUAUCGAUGUCACUUGCUAUGUGGAGGGUGUUCACGGCGACUGCUCCGAGAUGGUGCUCGUGGGAAACGUGGACAAACGCGGCCGCGAACUUGUUAGAGUUACUUUUGAAUGCCUGGAAAAGGCGAUAAGCAUCUGUAGCCCGGGUGCUGAGUACAGUAUGAUCGGCGCUGUCAUUGAAGAUCACGCGACGCAGCAUGGAUUCGGGGUUGCGCGGGACUUUUUCGGCCACGGUAUUGGCGAGGAGUUCCACGACAAUCCGAACAUUUUGCAUUUUCGCAAUCGGGAGCCGUACGGUCGGAUGAAAGUCGGACACACGUUCACGAUUGAGCCGAUGUUGCAUGAGACGAUGAACACGCGAUAUCGCGUCUGGUCUGAUGGAUGGACGGCAGUCACGGAAGAUGGUGGUCGCUCGGCUCAGUACGAGCACACCCUGUUGAUUGUGGAAGACGGGGUGGAAAUCUUGACGAGGAAAACCUCUGACUCGUUUCCGUACUUUUGGGAAACGGAGGCCGCGGCCGACGCGCCCCGCGAGAGCGACAGCUGA